AUGGUGAACUACAGCACCCUAGAGACCAUAGAUCUCUUUGAGUAUCUGUGUAUCCGAAUCAAGCAAAUUGGGAUCCGAUCUGUUCACGGAGUACCGGGCGACUUCAACUUGGUUUUUUUGGAUUAUGUGGAGAAGUGUGGCCUCCGAUGGGUUGGCAAUUGCAAUGAACUCAAUGCUGGCUACGCAGCGGAUGGUUAUGCGCGUAUCAAUGGGAUUUCUGCAUUGAUGACGGUCAUGGGGGUUGGAGAGCUGUCCGCGUUAAACGCUAUCGCGGGAUCCUUUGCUGAAUUUGUCCCUGUGAUUCAUGUUGUUGCCAAGCCAAGCCUGCAUGCCCAGAAAGAGGAGCUCUGUCUGCAUCAUACUUUGGGUGAUGGAGAUUUCACAACUUUCGAGGAAAUGAGCCGUAGGGUCUCUUGUCUGACGGCUAGUAUCGACAGCCCAAAGACAGCGCCUGUCUUGAUUGACGAAGCUAUCCGAACAUGUUGGGUCCAAAGCCGUCCUGUUACCAUCUUUAUUGCCUCCGACAUGGUUCGCAUGCCAAUUGCACGCCAUCUAUUAAGCAGCCGUCCACCGCUUAAUCGGACAAUGCCCCGUGACGACGUGCUUCAACAUGGACGGUUGGUGGACACUGUGAUACAUGAGGUUCAGCAGGCGACCAAUCCGGUAUUACUAAUCGGGGGAUAUGGCAUCUUGCACGGCGCGAAACGAGAGCUUGAUCAAUUUCUGGGCUCUUCUGAGCUUCCUGUCUUGGCCGCAGCCUCCGGGUUAGGGCUUGUGGACGCAACCCUUCCACACUAUGUCGGACUCUAUGUGGGCUCGACCUCAAGCCCGAAUGUUCUUGAGCUGAUGCACUCUGUCGACCUAGUCAUUAGUAUUGGAAACAUUCAGACGGAUCUUAGUACCUCGGGCUUCAGCGGAAAUGUGGACGAUACCAGGCUGAUUGAUAUCCAAAGAACUCGUGCAAAGGUCAAGGGCCACAAUUUCACGAACAUCCACAUCAACAAUGUCCUGAUCGCGUUAACAGCGGAGCUCGGCAAUGAGUUGCCGCCCGUACAUAGUUCUUCCUGGGUCGAUCGCAAUCAGCAGCAAGAACCCCUUGCUAUCAUUCUCGACAAGACGGACGCAAACACCCCCAUACGGAGGAGAAGCACUGAGAAGAGCUCUCGAGAUCAAUUCCUAAAUUUCUUUCGAAAUUCGAAAGGAUACUUUCCGGCCUUAUUGUCCAUGGGUCCAUGGAUACCCCAACAUGAGUUUGAGGGGCACAAACCUAUCACACACGAUUGGUUUUGGACUCAUCUGGGGAAAUGGCUUCGAAAAGGGGACAUCAUUCUAGCAGAAGCAGGCACAGCAAGUUAUGGAAUAUGGAACACGACCUUUCCUCCUGAUGCUAUCUUCCUCGCGCAGUACUUGUGGUCGAGCAUCGGAUACACGAUUGGGGCGUGUCAAGGAGCAGCCCUGGCUGCGCGGGAUUCCUGUAACCCGCAAAGACGGACCAUCCUUUUUAUUGGAGAUGGAAGCCUCCAGUGUGGAUGCCAGGAACUAAGCACCAUUAUCCGCCAUGGUCUUACACCGAUCAUUGGUUACACUGUCGAGCGCUUGAUACAUGGCGAAGAGCAGGCUUACAACGACAUCCAACCAUGGACUCACCAGCUUCUUCCUGCGGCGUUUGGUGCAGCACCGGGUGCUUACCAGACUCACCGCGUCGAGACCAGGGAGGAUCUCCAGGCGCUGUGGAGUCAAGAGAGAUUCACUGACUGUUCGGUUCUCCAGUUUGUUGAGCUAUAUAUUGCACAGAAGGAUGCACCAUCUAAUUUGGUUGCAUUAUCGCGGUCACUGCGGGAGCGGAAUGGUUGA